AUGGACUAUCAAAAUCAAAACACACAUCAUCACACUUCAGCGGUUCCUCGAUCACCAAACUUGAAUCAGGAAUCUUCAUCUUCUUUAUCAUUCAAUUCCAACUCGGUACACACGGCAAAUAGUACGACUGCACAUCCACGAAAUAUCAGUAAAAGGUAUCCUUCACCUUCACCUGGAUAUUCUCCUCCAACGAGAGAUCAUUCAGAUCUACCUCUACCAACCUACGAAGCAGAUUCGCCCAUCAGGUCAUCACCAUCAACUUUUGGUGUGGGUCAUAGAUUGUUACCAAGUAGAAUCAUGAGAGUCACAAGAUCAAAUGCCAAAACAUACUUGAAUCUAUCAAUCGCUUUCAAUAUCUUGUUAUUAAUCGCUAUUUUCUUACCUACAGAACAUGCCCACGGCAUAAUCGGUGAUAAAGCUUGGUCAAAGGUUGAAGAAUAUGGUUUAUUGAAAAGUAAAUGGGGUUCUUCCUCAACAGAUUUAGCACAAGCCGUGAUGGAGAAUAGAAGAGGUUGUAGUAUGUGUGAUGUCGAUCCAGAGUUCUGCGAGGAGUUUGGUGAGGCAAACUUGAACAAAGCACUAGAAUUUGCUGGUUCGAAUAAUCGACUUCGAAGGGUACUAGCCAAGAUCAGGAGUGGUCAACCCUUCACCGUCGGAGUAAUAGGAGGUUCAGUAUCGAAGGGGCAUGGACUCAAUGCGCCGGAUGGCGAUAACCCUCACACACCAAGAAAUCUGAAUAGAGUAGUAUUUGAUCACUUGGAUAGCUUAUUCCCAGCUGCCAAUGGUAUAUCAAAGGGUGAAAGUGGAAAGAAAAGUAAUAAAAACAGUAUAAUAAAUGGCGCUCAAGGUGGAAUGGGUACCGACUAUUUCUCUCUCUGUUUCAACGAGCAUAUACCGGAUGAUGUCGAUUUGGUGAUCAUUGAACUUGCUAUCAAUGAUGAAGUGCUCAUUCGAAAUAUGAACUCGUAUGAACUUCUAGUUCGUGGAUUGUACGAUCUGCCUAAUAAACCUGCUGUCAUAAACUUACAUGUCUUUGCUUUAAUGUUCCAAUACAUUGCCAAUGGAGGUGAUUUGCAUAAUGGUGUUGCCCAAUAUUAUGAUGUACCAACUAUUUCUAUGAGAAAUCCUAUAUUACCUCAAGUCAUGAAGAACACAACCAUGGUCAGACAUUUAUUCCACAAUCGAGUGCAGAAGACAGACUGGACCGAUCCCCUGGAUGAGAUCGAUUUGAGGCAUCUGUCAUGGCAAGGUCAUGAAAUGAUGGGUAAAUUGGGAUCCGUAUAUAUCGAUACUCAGCUCUGCGAAAUGGAUCGAAUAGAAUCGAGGUUUGGCCCCGAUGAAAAGAUAAAUUAUGAUGAGUUAUAUCCUGUCGAACCGUUGCCUCGAGCUCCCCUGAUGAAGAAGUUCAGUCCCACUUUUGUACUUCCUAAACUUUCACCGCAAUGUUACUCUGCCAAUGGGAUCAAGCAUCCUUUGAAACCAACCGAGCAGAAUGGGUGGCGACAUUGGAAUUGGAAAGAGAAACAUUACCUCGUAGCCGAUGAACCUGGAUCUAAGGUAUCGUUCAAGGUUUCCACAACGCUGGGCGAGGUACAAUUGCAUUAUCUCCGAUCGUAUCAAUACAACCUCGGUUCCGCGAGAUGUUGGAUCGACAAUGACACUGAUAAAGCCAUGAGGCUAGACGGGUAUUGGAAGGAGCCAUAUAAUAUCGGACGAGCUGCUACAAUCCGAGACAAUCUUACACCGGGAGAUCAUGUACUUCAUUGUGAAUUACUGAAGGAGACUGCCGAUCCCACAGGUGGUAAGGAAUUCAGAAUUAUAUCUGUGAUGAGGUAA